AUCUUAUAGAACUUACAAAAUUAUGAUAAAUAAGAGUUAUGCCAAAAUGUAAAAUUACAAAAUCGAGAGGCCCUUUUACUCAGAAUCAGGCUAGGAGGAAUUGAUGGCCACAUUCUCAUCAUCUCACUCUUAUCUUCACCUCUUUCAUCCUUUUUCUUUAAGUUUUUUUAAAUAAAUAAAGUUUUUUUAUUACAAAAAUUUAGCAGGAUAUUAAAGCUCAUUAAUUAUUAUUUUCUAAAACAGUACUCGUAAUUUCACACUACAAUUUACCCAAAUCCUUUCUCCUCUUCUCGCCACCUGAAACCGGGCAUGUCUCUUUGAUAUCCAAGAAAGAUCCCAUAAGCCAAAAAAAAAGCACAAAAAUAGCAUCAAGAAGAAACACAGAGAGAGAGAGAGAGAUGGAUUUUGAGGAGCAAGCGGAGGAGAUGGAGAUGUCCGGUGUUCCGCACGGCGGAUAUGACUCACUGAGCAACUCCUCCUCCGGCAGGCCGAGGAUGGCCGGCGAAGGAGCCACCUCCUCCGGUGGCGGCGCCGUGAGGUACAGAGAGUGUCUAAAGAACCACGCCGUGAGCAUCGGCGGCCACGCCGUCGACGGAUGCGGAGAGUUCAUGCCCUCUGGCGAAGAGGGCACCCUCGAAUCGCUAAAGUGCGCAGCUUGCGGCUGCCACCGCAACUUCCACCGCAAGGAAACCGACACAACUGCAAACGCAACCGCAAACGCAAACGCCGUUUUCCACCACCAGUUUCCUCCAUACUACCGCCCCCCGCCGCCGGGCUACCUUCAUCACCCUCACCGUCCGUUUGCUCUCCCUCCGGUGUCCGUUGCGGCGGCGGAUGAGGAUGACGCGUCAAACCCUAGCAGCAGCGGCGGCGGCGGCGGAGGGACGUCGAGGAAAAGGUUUAGGACCAAAUUUACGGCGGAGCAGAAGGAGAAGAUGUUGUGGUUCGCUGAGAAGUUGGGAUGGAGGAUUCAGAGACACGACGAUGCUGCGGUUGAGCAGUUUUGCGCCGAGACCGGAGUCAAGAGAAAUGUUCUUAAGAUAUGGAUGCAUAAUAACAAGAACACUCUUGGUAAGAAACCCUAAUUCUCUCUCUCUCUCUCGAUCUUGGUGUUCUUGAUCAUAUGUUCUUGAAUCAGAGUUCUGUCAAGAGCUCUACUAGUUUUUUUUUAACUUUUUGUUUUAUGCAUUUUCUUUUUUAAUCUAUUGAGCCUUUUGUUUUGAGUUCU